UAUUAAAAGAUGCUCCAUUUCAUAAAAAAUCAUCCACCAAAAUAAUAAAAUAGUACCAGAUGGUCAAACAGAAGAAUUGUGAUUUUUCUGCUUUUGUAUUCUUUCGUCAUAAAUGCCAAAACUGAUAUUUGUUUGCUUAUUAAUGAAUGAUGUCAGUGUCUCAACCGCAAAUUGAGAAACUAAAAAGAGACAAAAUAUUCCAAUUGGAAUUCCAAAUGUACAGGGUGCGUUACUUAGAUCAACAGGAAUUUUGAAAGCGCGCUCUGCAUAGACGAAUAAAAUGGUAUCUCAUUUAGAAUGCGAGAAAGAUCGAGCGCCAGUUUUUCAUUCAAUACCACAAGAUCAAACUGUAACAGAAGGAGCAUCAUUGCGUCUUACGUGCUCUUUCCAUAGCCAAACAGGCUGCUGGACAACGUGGGAUAGGAAUGGAAUUGUUUGUGUCCCUUCACAUCGAAUAGUAAUGGUUGAAUCUCCAAAUACAAAAUGCCUACAAAUUUCUGGAUUAUCAUUAUCCGAUUCUGGGUUUUACAGAAUUACUGUAGAAAAUGAUUAUGGUCGAGUUGAGGCAUCGAUACAUUUGAAAGUGAUUGAAAAUCCUUUAAGCAGUACUGUGUCACAUAAUGAUAAUGACCCGAUAAGAAUGAAGCGCCAAAUAAUGAAAAAUUCCCUAGAUUCGGAUAUGGUUGUUUUAACAGGACAGUAUCGGUCUGAAAUUUAUCCUUCUUUGAAGGUCUAUUUUGACAAUGAAGUACAGUAUGAGAUAAACUAUGACCAAAUUAUGGGUAACAAACAGACAAUUAUUCGUAUAAAGGAUAAUACCCAACUAGAAGCCAGGAUUUAUUGCUGCAUUUUACAAAGCAUAUCUGGCAAAACUUCGGCAACAGUUGCAAAAAGUUCUGGAAACAGAAACCGAAAAAUAUUACCACCCAAAGUUCUGGAACAUUUACCAAAUUCGGUUACGUCAUUUGAAGGAUGUGAAACUGAUUUAACGCUAAGAAUUGAUAACUCGCUGCCUUUUACAUAUGUUUGGCUCCGCAAUGGUAUUGCAAUUGAGGACUGCAAUGAGUUCAGGUACAUUGAUCACGGUCGUGGUGUUAUAUCGCUCAGAAUUGUGGAUCCUUUUGUGUUGGACUCUGGAACCUAUGAGUGUAUCAUUGCUUCUGCUGGUGGAACUUGUAGAACACAAUCACGUGUGAAAAUAAUGGAAACGGAUUGCGUUUCUAAAUCGAUACCCCAAAUAAUGAUGUAUCCACAAUCAUAUGUAGCGGAACAAGGAUCGGUGGUAAUUAUAUGUGCACAUAUAGUACCACUAAACUGUGAAAUCAAAUGGAAAGUUUGCGGAAUAGUUAUUGAAAAAGACUCAGAUAAUGUUCAGAUGAAAACUAACUCUGAUGGACUGAACAUUCUCUACAUACAUAACGUUACCUAUGACCAAUGUGGAGAAAUACAAUGUAUGGCAACAGCUCCCAACCACACCAUGACAACUACAGCGUCCAGCAUGCUCACUGUUACACCAAUUUUAAACGAUAAGAAAAAAUCUGAAAAUUUCACCGCGAUACAUCAUCCCUAUUUCUUAAACACUUUGGAAAAUUGUAGAGUUUUUGCUGGAAGCACAAUAACCCUUGAAGUAAAAUUUCAUGGAUAUCCUGAGCCGCAAAUCAUAUGGAUGCGCACGGGCCGCCCGAUCGAGGAUAUCAAUGCAUCAAUUGCAACUAAACCCGGAUGUUCAAUAUUGACCAUGAACGGUAUCAAUGCAAACCAAAGUGGAAAGUAUGCAGCGUUCAUAAUAAACAAUUAUGGAAGUGACAUUACGUCGGCCUCUGUGACUGUUGAAGGCCCUCCAGACCCACCCAGUGGAAAACCAAGCGUAGCACUCGAAUCUCAAGGAAUCAUUGUGAACUGGUGUGGCCCCCCCUAUGAUGGCGGAUGCAUGAUAUCUGGAUUUUUAUUGGAGAUUCAAUUUAUGGAUGAAGAAUGGAAUGUAUUAGCAAUUGUUUUUGAUUCUUUAACAUACUUUGUAAAAAAUUUGUUGCCAAACAAAUUCUAUAAAUUUCGAAUACGAGCUAAAAAUGCCUAUGGGUAUAGCGAACCUGGCCAAUCUAGUGAUGCUGUCUUGAUUCCAAACACUGAAAACGAGGAAAGAACUUCCUGGAAGGAUUGUGAGGUUCGACAAGGCGAGGAGUUUUCAUCAGUAUACGAAUCGCUGGAGGAGCUUGGAAGAGGGAGAUUUGGAGUAGUUCACAAAGUACGGCAUCAACUAACUGGAGAUAUUCGUGCCGCGAAAAUUGUAAAGUGUAUCAAAGCCACUGAUAGAAAGAAAGUUCAAGAAGAAAUCGCUAUAAUGAGAUCUUUGCAACAUCCUAAGUUACUGCAGUUGAUACAAUGUUUUGAAGCAACACGAGAAAUCAUUAUGGUAGUAGAAUAUAUAAGUGGUGGUGAAUUAUUCGAGAGGGUUGUAGCGGAUGAUUUCACACUGACCGAGAAGGAUUGCGUUAUGUUUAUGCGUCAAAUAUGUGAAGGCGUUUGCUAUAUGCAUAAUCUUUCAAUAGUUCAUCUAGAUUUGAAACCUGAAAAUAUCAUGUGUAGUACUCGCAACAGUCAUCAGAUAAAAAUUAUUGAUUUUGGAUUAGCCCAACAACUUUCACAAAACACAUCAGUUCGAGUACUACUAGGUACACCGGAAUUCGUCCCUCCAGAAAUUAUUAACUAUGAACCAAUUGGUUUCCAAUCAGACAUGUGGAGUAUUGGAGUUAUUUGUUACGUUUUAUUAUCUGGACUAUCGCCCUUCAUGGGUGAAACUGAUGUGGACACCUUCAACAACAUAACUCGAGCAGAAUAUGAUUUUGAUGAUGAUGCUUUCGAUAUCGUGUCGGAAGAAGCUAAAGAUUUCAUAUCUGGAUUAUUGCUGUAUAGAAAAGAAGAAAGACUAUCAGCUACACAAUGCUUACAAACAAAAUGGCUGUCGUUGGAUUCCGAUGCAUUAGGAAAUUCUAAAAUUUGCACGCACAAACUGAAAAAGUUUAUUGUCAGAAGAAAAUGGCAGAAAACCGGAAACGCUAUACGUGCAUUAGGACGCAUGGCCUCUUUAUCAGCCUCAAGAAGAAAUUCGUCUUCGUUAGCAAACACUGGCGUCAAACCAAAUACAAGAAGCACGGAAUUUACAACAUGAAGAAACGUGUAAAAUUUCCCAAAGCUUAGCAAAUUGAUAAUAAAUUGUCUUCCAUGAUUCUACGAACGAGCGCAAACAUGUAUUACAGUGCCAAUAGUGCCUAUCGAAUAUUCCGUCACAUUUCGUAUUAUUAUUAUUAUAUUGUAGUAGUGCACCUGUUUUUAAAUUGUUGUAAUCAUAUAUUUUAUUGUCAUUUUAGUAGUAAGGAUGGAACAUAAAUAAAUAAACAUUUCUCGGUAUAUUCUCUGGAAUGUGUAAUAAAGUUGAAAAAA